UGCGAAGGUGAGUAUUGACCAAAAAACCAGGUACAAAGUGCAGAAAAAAGACAGUUGGUUUGAGGUUAUUCAGUUGCUCAUUCGCCCUGACAAGACAUUUAACACAGAUAAGCCUUGGGCAACAGAUGAGACUUCCCCUUUGCUCCUUCUACAGUUUUCGUCAUUUCCUCUCCCAGAGUCCGGCGGCCGCUACACAGAGACGAGGCUUCAAGGGGAUAGUAAUGCGCCUGGUGCAGUUUCGUCAUCGAGGUGAUGGAGAUGGCAUCAGGGUGGGAGUGGAGCAAGGUGAGGGGCUCGGUGUGGUGGACCUGAAGGCAUUUGACCCCUCCAUGCCUUCAACCAUGAGAGAGCUGCUGGAAAUGGGAGACAGAGGCCUUGAAUGUGCACAGAGAGCGUUGGAGUCCGGCCAGUGUGUGGUGAAACGAGCACAGAUCCAGCUACUGUCGCCUGUUUUGGCCCCAGAGAAGGUGGUGUGUGUGGGUAUGAACUAUCGGGACCACUGUCUGGAGCAGAACGCCCCCAUUCCAAAGGAACCCAUCAUCUUUAGCAAGUUCCCCAGCGCCAUUACGGGGCCGUAUGAUGAUAUUAUUCUGCCCUCAGAGAGCAAGGAGGUGGACUGGGAGGUGGAGCUGGCCUUUGUGAUUGGUAGAAGAGGAAAACACAUCAAGGAGGAAGACGCGCUCUCCUACGUGGCCGGGUUCACGGUGGCCAACGAUGUCAGCGCGCGCGACUGGCAGAUGAAGCGUAAUGGAAAGCAGUGGCUGCUGGGAAAAACAUUUGACAGCUUCUGUCCUCUUGGCCCUGCUUUAGUAACCACUGAUGCUGUGACGGAUCCCGACAACCUGGGCGUCCGCUGCCUGGUGAACGGAGAAACGGUCCAGAGCAGCAGCACGGCUCAGAUGAUCUUCAAGACGCCAGCGCUGGUCGCAUGGGUCUCAAAGUUUGUGACGUUGACUCCAGGAGACGUGUUCCUGACCGGAACUCCUCCAGGUGUGGGCGUGUUCAGGAAGCCACCUGUGUUUCUUAAGAAAGGAGACGUGGUUGAGUGCCAGAUAGACCAGCUUGGCUCUAUCAUCAACAAAGUUGUAUAAACCCUGAGACAAGCAUCCACGGAGGAAGGUCAUCUGUUUAAUUAACAACACUUCCGAUCACACGCUCUGCACCAUCACCUAAAAGCAGCAUGAAAUGUGUAAAAAUCUUUUUUAUCCCUGCUAUUACAGUAAUAGUGAGGAAGGAAAGUGUGAUAUUUUAACCACUUCAAACUGCAGUUAUGUGAUCCAACCUACAGAGUCACAGUGGUCACCAGCAUCCACCCACUCAGGCUGCAGCAGAAACCGGGAACCUCGCCAUUUAUUUAAUCACAUAAGAAGUUAUUCUACUCAUGUUUUUAGGAUAAACUUGAUAUCAUAUCAGGAAUGAACUUAAAGGACUUGUAUGGUGACCAAUCAAAAUAAUACAGACUACUUGUAAUAGAGAGAAAUUCCGAUGUGGCAUUUUCAUUUUAUGCCUCAUAAUGUUUGAUAGACAUUUUCAAUCAUUUCUUUGAUGUAUGUUUGUGCUUAUUCUAUUUUCUUUUUGCCUAAACGCCAGUAAUUAUCCCAUUUAAAAUAAAUAAAUGUUUUUUUUCUCCC